AUGGCACAGCGGCUGCUGAAGCAAGCUCCAACAUGGCGGUCCUUGCACGUGGCCAGCCUUUGGGCAAAGCAAAGGAACAGACCAAUCUCGUGGCUCCAACUGCGAAGUUGUGGGAGCGAAAGCGAUAUGGCGGGCGUUCACAAAAGCCCAAUUGUCCAGCUCCUGUGGAAGGAGAGGUCGAACUUACAGCGAGUCACUGCAGACGGGGGCAAGAUGCAGGAGCAGCUCUUGACCAAGACGGCCAGAGACUCCCGCGUUGCUGUUUCCUAUAACUUCAAAGAUGAUUCGCUUUUGAAGGAGCAGUACGCCAACUUCAACGGCUUGAUACAAUUUAGUAAACUUUUCGAGGACUUGGAUGCUUUAGCCGGCAAUGUCGCGUUUAAGCACUGUGAUGACGACGACCCGGAGACCAGAAUGCCGCACUUGGUCACAGCCUCUGUCGACCGAAUCCGUUUGGCACCUUCAAUUGCCAUUACACUGGACCAGAACUACGAGAUGUCUGGCCAGGUCUCAUGGGUAGGCAGUUCAUCGCUGAUCAUCCACAUGAAGCUGACGCGUGAAGCUGAUGCUGUCGACGUCCUGGUGGCCAACUUCACCUUUGUUGCGCGGGACAUCAUGUCCGGGAAGAGCUGCAAGGUGAACCGCCUGGAACCAGAAACUCAGGAGGAGAAGAGACUCUUCCAGCUUGCCGAUGACAAAAACAAAGCCAGGAGACUGGCUCGCGCAGCUGGGAAGGCUGCUGCAGGUACGGAGGUGGAUGCAACCCAGGCGGCUUUGGCCAAGGAGCUGCUGGAUCAGGGGCGGCUGCUUCAGGACAUGCCUGGACUUGCAGUGGGCGAUGCCGUUCUCAUUCACCAGACGCAGCGAGAGACGAUGAUCAUUUGCCAGCCACAACAGCGCAACACCGCUGGACGCAUGUUUGGUGGUUACCUCAUGAGGUGUGCCUAUCGCUGUGCAUUUCCAACGGCGUAUAUGUUUGCUGGGUCCUUCCCUCACUUCGUGGAGGUGGAUGAGGUCAGCUUCAUUCAUCCUGUUGAAGUUGGAGAUAUCUGUGAGUUCAACGGACGGGUCAUGCUGACCUACACGAAGGUGAGGCCGAUCCUGCAUGUGGAGGUCACUGCAUCUGUACUGAAGCCUGACCAGAAAUCUAGUCUGGUCACCAAUGUCUUCAACUUCGUCUUCGAGUUGAGGCCGAAGCCUGGACAAGCUCUGCCGGUCAUCAAGCGCGUCUUCCCGGCAACGAACACGAUAGCCCAGAGAGUGGUCGCCAUAAUGGCGCGGCACGUCUUGGACGUCUUCAAAAUUGGGCAGGCUCGCGUCGUGGUGGUGGCCAACGAGAGCCGGAAUCGAGCAAACCAGGUGGCUACUGCCAUCCGAGCCAAGUUUCCAGAGCUGCCGAUGAUCGUCAGAGCAAAGGACUCUGAGCACAAGCAGUGGUUAGAAAGCACGCUGGGCGUCAAGGCCCUAAUGCCCGCCAUGAUCGCUGUGCGCUUCGGCACCGAAGUCAUGCAGCUGCUAGGCUACCCCGAGGAUGAGGUGAAGGCUCUGCUGCAGGCCCAGAGCUCCAAAGGUGGCACGCAGAUUACAGCGUCCCGAGCGCAGGCUGAGAUUUGUGGCGAAAAGGGGACUUACCUGACCGCCGUGUGCCACCAAGCGCUAGCCGAUGACCUGCAGUCCACGCUUCCUGUGUCUGAGAACCGCUCAAUCCUCGGUGAGGAAUAUCCGAAUACAGCCGCAAGUCGCCAAGCGCAGGUUGGCGACUGCUUUGCGCGAAUCACGGUUCCACUCUAUGAGGAGAGCCAUCCUUUUCCAGAGACUCUGCCCUGGUUCAGACUACCGCGACACCGCAGCCAAGUGCAUGCGGCUCUUGAGCAGAGGCCCGGUGUCGGAUGGGUUGUGCUGUCCCUCUUGGAAGAUGCUGGAAUCGCAGAAGGCUUGAAGCCGCGUCGAACUGACGAUAUUGUCGCAGCAGAAAGUGGUCGUUCUGUGCCUUCGUCUUCACAUCAGCUGGAUGCCUGGCUAAGAGGUUCUGAGAUGUAUGAUGUGGUGGCGGACCGUGAUGAAGCACCAGGUUCGCAGCGUUUUUCCCACAACUCUCACCAUUGCUGGCUGCAGGCCAAGAUGGCAAUGAUGUUUGUGCAGAAUCUCUGGCAUUGUGACGGUGUAUCCGAUGGUUUUCGCCAUCGAAGUCGCAUCAGAUACCUGCACUACGGUGUUAUCUCGUUCAUUCCGAAGUUGCUGCACAUGCAAUAUGUGGUACAAGAUGCAAGCUGUGCCCUGCUGCCAUCUGUGGCAGUGGCAGGGGCCAGAGAGGCGUGCAUGUUGCUGGCGGGCCUGGUUGGCUGGUACUCCUUGGACCGAGUCACAGAGGCCAACCUAUACGUCCUAGAAGAUCCAAAAGUCAGUGGAGGGCUCUUCAAACUCUUAAGCUCCUUGAUACUGGCUUGCUACCUCUGUCCAGUGCUGUUCUUUGGGCAAGCGCAGCUAGUGGCAGAAGGUCUUGCUGUGAUCAUAAGUUGCUACUACUCGCUCUGGGUGCCCUUGAUGGACAGCUCUACCGACACGACCCGCUGCGUUCAUCACCUCUGGUGCCUCAUGGCCUUCGUUCGACUGGCAUGGGAAGGUGCAGAGCUAAAUGGACCAAUGGGGUAUUGCAUCGCGCUGUCUGUGGUGGAGGGCACGAUGCUGCGGGUGCUGCUUUGGUGCUUUCACAAGAAGGAGGGCUUGCAGCCGUUGAACCAGGCCGAGGAUGAAGCAGACGCUUCCACCCAGAAGGCCGGUCGUGCUUCGGUUUCGGCUUUCGCCUUGGGCUCGAGACCCACGCUCACAGAGGUAGAAGUUCAGCUAUGGCGACUUCAGCUUCGAGCUAACUGGAUCCUGCUCGACAUCAUUCCACCUCCAAGCAUUCCCAAUCUAGGUUGCAAACCGCUUUCUGUGUCGGGUGGCUAUCAGAGUGCGGAUCGAAAGUCCUAUGUAGAUGAUCUUCCAGCCAGCCCCGUGACGGCGUGGUCAGAGUCCGGCGAUGUCCUUGGCAUGCUUGAAGACGAAGGGCCGAGCCCGCCGAAGGACGUCGACGAUGUGGCACGGUCCGAGCAACUUAUGAACGCAUGGCUGCAGAGACAUCAAACGGAGAUUCAGAAAGCGGAACUCCUCUUGAGUGCUCGCUGGUCGAACCCUGCUCUCUUCAAGGAGCGCCCGGAGCUUUGCGACGAGGUGCUCCAGGUGAUGAAGCGGGUCCUGGGAUUGGGCCCUGCAGGAAGUGCAAGCUCCGAAAGCAAGUCCUUGCUGCUCCUGGGCGAGAGCGGCUCCGGCAAGACCCAGGCCGUCGAAUGGUGCCUUCAGCGCCUCAAGGAGGAGCGCUCCAACGUCGUCGCGCUGAGGGCCUUUGGGGGGGCCUAUGAUUCCAACAUGGAGUGCCUGAAGCACCUGGCAACGCAAGUGGCCGCGCACUGCCUCUCAACGCCGCCCCACUCCUGCCUCGAGGGUUCGAUGGAAUGGUUUCGUGGCCUCCUCCAGGUGAGCUUUAAUCAUGACAGCGCUGUCGUGAUCGUCCUGGAUCAGUUCGAGAAGUUUUGCAGAUUUACGCGCCAGACGUUGCUGUACAACCUCUUCAACCUCGCGCAGGAAAUGAGCAUUCGGCUGUGCAUCGUCGGCAUCUCCUCGCAGUUUGAUGUUUUAUCAAAGCUGGAGAAGCGAAUUUAUUCUCGCUUUCAGAUGCACAGCAUUUAUGCAACCUUGCCUCGGUCAGCAGGUGAACUGCUGCAGAUUCUGGAAUGCAGACUUCACCUGCCGCACAGCGCUAAGGGUCUGGACGAUGCGUUUGUGUCGGAGUUCAACAGCAAAGUGUCAACUGCACUGAGAGCACGUGUACGCUUGAAUGACUGGGCCACGAAGAUAGAUAGUGGCUUCAAGCCCAGCUGGUUCCUCUGGAGAUGCCUGCCAGUGACGAGCUUUCUGCGCGGUUCCGUGGCAGAGAAACGUCCGCGAGUCUGCGGCCAGUUCGAUUCUGACGAGCAGCGACAAGAACUUCUCCUGUCAGGCUUGGUAGAGUGCGAGCACUUGAUUCUCCUCGCGCUCUUCCGGCAAUGGGACCACUCGCCGAAAACAGCUCGCAGUUUGAGCACGACGCUCUAUGAGCUUAAACGAUUGGUGGAAACGGAGAAAGGUCGCGAUCUUGGAGGUGUCCUAGCAGACCACACCGACGUCAGCUUGACGGCGGCCUUCAGCCGGCUGCUGGAAAUCAAGCUGGUACGAUUCUGCCCCGGCUCAACGGAGGACGUUCCGAAGAUGUACCGCCCAUGUGAAAGCAUGGUGGACGAGGUCUAUAAGAAGUGGGUGGCAGACCUGCCAGAAAAGGCACGGAAGGUGAGAAAACAAAGAGAGUUGAGGAAUCUUCAACCAAGGGACCAAGAGUCCCAGAACUGGCUAGCAGCUAGCUCCCCUCUUUGUCAGCUUCUGAGCUUCCUCAGGCUUGCCCACUUUCUCGCCGCCGAAGUGAUUGAGCUGAAAGCAGUCAAAACACAGCCUAGCGCAGAGCGGGCCAGUGAGGCAGAGGCAGAAAGACGUCGUCUCUUGGAAAAGAAGGGAGGAGUCGCCCUGAAUUGGCUCCUACAGGGCAACGAAGAUGAUGUCCGAAAGGUGCUCAUUGAUCUGGCUGAACGGAAAGCUUGGCUCCUUCAGCAG